CAAUACACAUCAGUGAAUAGAAGACAAUCGCGGGAAUCAAACAGGGUUUGCUCUAAAACAACCUCUAUAUUGCUGGUUGUAGUUACUAGAAAUGAAGGUAAAGCUUGAGACGGACGCUGAUUCGCCUUCACAGAGUUUCUCAAACAGUUGUGAGGGCGGUGAAGCAAACAGCCUCGUCGACAGUCAUUAUGUCGUUGUCAAGCUUGAAGAUGAAGAUCAAGCAUCUGAAACCGAAAUGGAUCUGAGUAUUUUCGCUCCUGUCGAGUCCGAGUGUGAGGAAGAUGAACUUUCAGACUCGGACUCAUCCUGGUGGAGAAGAAAACACCACGAAGAGCAGCGAGAUAAUCUGGAGGAUUCUGCGACCCCUGAGAAUCAAUCUUCCAACAGGAGUCUUAAAGGAUGCCAAGAAACAAGCAAGAACUUGGUGGCUAAGCAAAAAAAGCAGAAUCCUGUAUGCAGUGCAGAAAACAUGGUCGUGAAUUUAGGACUCCCACCCAAGGAUCUCACAUGUUACCAAGCUGUAUCUCUGUCAGAUUCAGCCCGAGCUCCUGCAGAGAUGUCUGGACUGGGUACUGCAAUCAGCCCUCUCGCUGCAAUGGAGCCCCCUGUAUUUCCAAACGCACCAUUCCUGAGCAAAUCUGUUGUUGGUGAGGAUCAGCAGAACAUAUUGCUUGAAGUCCUGAAUCAUUGUAGAUACCUGAAUGAAGCAGUGCAGAGGCUUGAACAGAAGAUUGACAGACAAAUGGCAAAUGAGAGACUGGCCUCCCUACCUGUUAAAGAAGAGCAGCUGUCCUGGUCUUUGACCCAGCAUCUUGGUCCACCAGUCCAGAGAAACCCACAGUGGAUCCCUCCCUGGAAACGGAGCAGUGCUCAGAGAGGCCCAGGCAGAGCAGAUCUUCAACAGCUUGACAGCUACAGCCAACAGUUGGCCAAACCCCCUGGUGGUGGGCGAGGGCGAGGCAGGGUUAGAGGACAUGGUCGUCGAGGGAACAACAGCAGAUCCAAACCUCAAUCUCAGACUCCUCAUCUUGCUCAGCUCACAUCGAAUCCAAUUGAAGAUGGAAUCUCUACAGCAGAAAUGGAGGGUCCACAACCAUCCAAAGUAAUGAAGAAAGGCUCUCAGCAUAACAAGGGUCGGCAGAAAAAGAGGAAAAACUUGGCUUUGGUGGACGGGGCUGAAGUUGAAUCAAAGAUGGUGUCCAACAAAAAAAAAGUCAAACCUCAAGUUGACCUGGACACUAAAGUGAUGAUCGGAAGCUCCUUGCGGAAAGUGUGGAUCCCGAUGUCUGUGUACAAGGAGGUGUUUAAGGAGACUGAGCCCCAGAAGGCCGUAGUGCCUGUGCUACAUGCUCUCUUUCCUAUCAGCACUCUGUCCUGCAGUGCUGUCACAGGCAACCCUAUAAAAGGCAUCCAGCAACUCGACCCGAACAUAAUAGAGGCCCUUCGAGAGUUUCUUGCUGAGAUGUACCCACAGUAUGAUGUCAGUGUGAGGGGUGUGACCUGGGCACAGUGUCUUGGAGUGAUCAACAACAUCACCAAAAACCUCAAGAAAAAGGCUGGAACAUCAUAUCUGACAGAGGUUGGUGGCAGACCAGCACUUCAUUCCCACAGUGUUUUUAAAUCCUGAUGAAAUAGCCUGACGUAAACAAAUACUCCACUUGUAACACUACUGUUCUAAACAUGUUUUAUCCAUUACAACUGUACACAGUAUUUUUGUUCUCUUUUCC